GCGGCCAUGUUAACCCCCUGGCUAGGGGAGACUAACAACCGGGGAAGUCUCGCGAUAAAGGCAAGUCAGGGCCCGUGCCACCUUCCGCGUUAGCGCAGAGGGUUCAGUAUCCCCAUAAGGGGCGGGUUGUAGCUUUCAGCUAAGUGCCAGGGAGGAGAGGCGGGAAGCUCUGUCUGUACAGACAUCUACUGCUUCUGAAGAGCAAUAGAAAAUGAGCAAGUCUCAGGGAUUUGUUUCAUUCAAAGAUGUGACUGUGGACUUUACUCAGGAGGAGUGGCAACAGCUGGACUCUGCUCAAAGAAACCUGUACAAGGAUGUGAUGCUGGAGAACUAUAGCAAUCUUGUUUCAGUGGAGUUUGAAAUUAGAUCAAAAAUGAAAGAAUUAGCUCCACAGAAGAGCAUUUCUGAAGAAGUAAUACUCCAUAACAUGAUAGUAUACUCAGUUUUUGAAGCCUGGAAACUUGAAGAUGAGAUAAAUUACCAGGAAAACCAAGACAAGCUUUUGAAUCAAGUUACAUUUAUUAACAAUAAGUCACUGACUGAGGAGAUAGACCAAGAAUAUAAUGCACUGUGGGAAGUAGUUCAUCUGAACAGAACAUCUAAUGAACACAUCAGAGCCUUCAUACAUAAGUCUCACCUCUCUGCACAACCAAAAUUUCUAACAAGUGAAAAAUAUAAAUGUAUUCAGUGUGGGAAAGCCUUCAGUGGAAAGUCAGGACUUAUUGUACAUCAGAGAAUUCAUACUGGGGAAAAACCAUACAAAUGUAAUGACUGUGAAAAAGCCUUUAUUCAGAAGUCACAGCUCACUGUACAUCAGAGAACUCAUACAGGAGAGAAACUCUAUAAAUGUAGUGAAUGUGGAAAAGCAUUCAUCCAGAAGUCAAACCUCAUUAUUCAUCAGAGGAUUCACACAGGGGAGAAACCCUAUGAAUGCAAUGAAUGGAAGGCGUUCAUCAAGAAGUCAACACUUAGUGUUCAUCAAAGAGCUCAUACGGGGGAGAAACCAUAUGAAUGUGAUGAAUGUGGAAAAGCCUUUAUCUGGCGGUCACAGCUCAUUGUACAUCAGAGAAUUCAUACUGGGGAGAAACCCCAUAGAUGUAAUGAGUGUGGAAAAGCCUUCAACAGGAAGUCAGAACUAAGUGUGCAUCACAGAAUUCAUACCCGAGAGAAACCCUUUGAAUGUAAUGAAUGUAAAAAAGCCUUCAUUCAGAAGUCAGAUCUCAUUGUAUGUCAGAGAACUCACACUGGAGACAAAAGAUAUUAAUGCAGUGAAUGUUGGAAAGCCUUCAUCCGGAGUUCACAGUUCAUUGAACAUCAGAGAAUUCAUACUGGGGAGAAACCCUAUGAAUGUAGUGAAUGCAGAAAAGCUUUUAUCCAGAAAUCACAACUCAUUGUGCAUCAGAGAAUCCAUACUGGGACCAAACCAUAUGAAUGCACUGAAUGUGGAAAAGCCUUUAGCAAGAAGUCACACCUUACUGUACAUCAUAGAAUACAUACUGGAGAAAAACCCUAUGAAUGCAGUGAUUGUAGAAAAGCUUUCAGCAAGAAAUCUACUCUCAUUGUUCAUCAGAGAAUUCAUAUUGAACAGAAACACUUUUAA